AUGGCUUCAGAGGACCUUCACUCAAUUUCCACCGAUUGGCUCAAAAGUCUAGAGGUUGCAUCGUCCACUGGAGACACUGUGUCAUUUGUGAACCAUUUCCUUUCGGACGGGUGGUUCAGAGAUCUUCUAUGUUUUUCUUGGAAUCACAGAACACUAUCAGGUCUAGAAAAAAUACGCGAAUUUCUCUCACAGGUUGUUGAUGGAAAGUCACGACUUGAGUAUUCUAGUCUUCGUGACUUCAAGAUAGACGAUCACACUAUCAAUGCGCCUUCACCGUUCAAGUUACCAGGCUCACAAGGCAUCGAAGGAGUACAGGGCGCUUUCACCUUCAGUAUUACGAAUCCGGCUGCACUCGGACGAGGUUUCUUCCGUCUGAUGCAAGAUGCCGAUAAGAAGUGGAAGGCUUUAACUCUUUUCACAAACAUGCAGGACCUCGUCGGGCACAUGGAGUCUCCCCCAAACCAACACGGUUUAUAUGAGGAUCGCGAAAUAACUUGGGAGGAGGAUGUCGACGCAAAAUGCCGUGCUAUCGAGGCGGAUCCCACUGUUUUAAUCGUUGGUGGUGGACAAUCUGGCCUUAUGUGUGCUGCGCGGCUACGUAUGUUGGGGAUCCGUACACUUAUAAUCGAGAAAGAUGCGCGUGUUGGAGACUGCUGGAGGCAACGGUACCCAAAUCUUACGUUGCAUACUCCCGCGUCUCAAAGCUCCAUACUUUACAGUCCCUAUCCGAUAAACUUCCCAAAGUACAUUCCUAAGGGGAAAUUGGCCGAUUUCCUGGAGUCAUACGCUGUCAAUCAGGAAUUGUGUAUCUGGCUGUCCAGUACCAUAACCUCAACUCCAGUAUAUGAGUCAUUGUCUGCAAGAUGGACUGUAGAGGUACAGCAUGGAGAUCAGAAAGUAACCAUCAAUCCAAAGCAUCUGGUCCUUGCCACAGGAAGCGGGAGUCCUCACAUUCCUACCUGGAGUGGAAUGGAUGAAUUCCAAGGAGCCUUGUAUCAUUCUGACUUCCAUAAGGAUGCGGAACAGUUCCGAGGCAAACGUGUCAUCGUUGUGGGUGCGGGCAAUGCUAGUGGGGAUAUAUGUCAAGAUUUCGUAGCACACGGUGCCGCUGAGGUAACGUUGGUCCAAAGAAGCGCCACAUGCGUCGUAUCCUCUACUGCCAUGGAGAAAACUCGCUUCAGGUCACUUUACCCCAAUGGCACCCCUAUGGAGGAACUGGAUUUCCGCAGCAAUUCGAUGCCUAUAGCCUUCCUCCUGCAACUGACAAAAUCAGGUGGGAUCCGACACAUGAAGAUGUUGGAUCAGGAACUCCACGACGGUCUGCGCCAGGCUGGAUUCAACUUGACUUGGGAAGUUUCGCCCGGUAGUGGCGAGGUUGGGAUAGAUGGAUUUUUGUUUAGCCGCCUUGGAUCAGGAACUAUGCUUGACAUUGGCUGUGGUAAGCUAAUCAUCGAAGGCAGAGUCAAGGUAAAGCAAGGCCAAGACAUUAGUCACUUCGACAAAGAUGGGAUCACGUUUAAAGACGGCUUCAAGCUUUCAGCAGAUGUCAUCGUUCUAGCUACAGGAAAUGAACCCAUCAUGAAGACCGCAAGAGGUCUUCUUGGCAAAGAGAUUACCGAUCAACUUCUUCCGCCUGAGGUGUGGGGCCUUGACUCGGAGGGAGAACUUAAUCAGGCAUACCGACCCUCUGGACAUCCGGGACUUUGGUUCGCUGUGGGUCCAUUUGGAGCCGCGCGUUUCUUCAGUAAACACCUGGGUCUUCAGAUAUUGGCACGAGAGCUCGGUAUAGCAUGA